GAAGGAGAAACAGAAGCAUUUUGACUUCAUACCCUCUCUGAGCCUGGGUUUCCUGAAAUCGCCACACCUGCAGCAGAAGGAAAAUGGCAGAGUUGAAGUACAUUUCUGGAUUCGGUAAUGAGUGUGCCUCAGAGGAUCCUCGCUGCCCAGGUGCCCUGCCAGAAGGACAGAAUAAUCCUCAAGUUUGCCCUUACAAUCUGUAUGCUGAGCAGCUCUCAGGAUCAGCUUUCACUUGUCCACGGAGCAGCAAUAAAAGGAGCUGGCUAUAUAGGAUUCUACCUUCGGUUUCUCACAAGCCUUUUGAAUCCAUUGACCAAGGCCAUGUCACUCACAACUGGGAUGAAGUUGAUCCUGACCCUAACCAGCUGAGAUGGAAACCAUUUGAGAUUCCAAAAGCCUCUCAGAAGAAAGUGGACUUCGUGAGUGGCCUGCACACCUUGUGUGGAGCUGGAGAUAUCAGGUCUAACAAUGGGCUUGCUGUCCACAUUUUCCUGUGCAACACCUCCAUGGGGAACAGAUGCUUUUACAGUUCAGAUGGAGACUUCUUGAUUGUUCCCCAGAAAGGGAAACUUCUCAUUUACACCGAGUUUGGCAAGAUGCUUGUUCAGCCCAACGAGAUAUGCGUCAUUCAGAGAGGAAUGCGGUUCAGCAUAGAUGUCUUCGAGGAGACCAGGGGCUACAUCCUGGAGGUCUACGGCGUCCACUUUGAGUUGCCUGACCUGGGACCGAUUGGAGCCAAUGGCUUGGCCAAUCCUCGUGAUUUCUUGAUACCUGUUGCCUGGUACGAAGAUCACCAAGCGCCAGGUGGUUACACUGUGAUUAAUAAAUACCAGGGCAAGAUGUUUGCUGCCAAACAGGAUGUCUCCCCAUUCAAUGUUGUGGCCUGGCAUGGGAAUUAUACGCCCUACAAGUACAACUUGGAGAACUUCAUGGUCAUCAACUCAGUGGCCUUUGACCACGCAGACCCAUCCAUUUUCACGGUAUUGACUGCCAAGUCUGUCCGCCCCGGAGUGGCCAUCGCUGAUUUUGUCAUCUUCCCACCGCGAUGGGGAGUUGCUGAUAAGACCUUCAGGCCUCCUUAUUACCACAGGAACUGCAUGAGUGAAUUCAUGGGACUCAUCAAAGGUCACUAUGAGGCAAAGCAAGGUGGGUUCCUGCCAGGGGGAGGCAGCCUGCACAGCCCAAUGACGCCCCAUGGGCCUGAUGCCGACUGCUUUGAGAAGGCCAGUAAAGCCAAGCUGGCGCCUGAGAGGAUUGCUGAUGGCACCAUGGCAUUUAUGUUUGAGUCUUCUCUAAGUAUGGCCGUCACCAAGUGGGGGCUGAAGACCUCUAAUUGUUUGGAUGAGAACUACUACAAGUGCUGGGAACCUCUCAAGAGCCACUUCACCCCCAAUUCCAGAAACCCUGCAGGAGCUAAUUGAGACUGGAGCAUUGCUACCAUAAUUGAGGAUGGAUUUGUGUGAUUUCCUUUAGAAUCUCAUGCUCUUUGGCAGUACUGGGGGAGGAGGUUGGUUAAAAUGAGAACUUUUUCACAG